AUGAAGAGCCCAACGCCGAGGGGCCGUGGACAAUUCAAAGAUAAACCCGACGAGCGUAUUGCUUCUCCAAGCGCUCGUCUUGUAUCUGGACGAAGGGUAAACAGAGAAAAGGAGCCCUUAUUAAGGCAAGCAGAUGCCGACCAUGGAAGCAGCUCGUCCCACUUGAGGGCUUCCAGAAGACCUAUAGACGCAGAGCUCCUCAGUUUGAGAUCUCAUCCUGGAGAAAUGGCUCUGCCAAUGGAACACUCGUUCAGUAUAGACGUGCCAAAACGUGGAGAUCGAACCCUACGGCACCAAGGCUCCCUGAUCUCAGAGUACACCCCGGCUCUAAGACACAACCAGCCUAAACUCUCCGUGUUGCUUCCCUAUUAUCUUCCUAUAUUGUCGUGGGUGCAUCAGUACUCGUUUUCCUAUCUUGUGGGUGACCUCAUUGGUGGUAUCUCGUUAGCACUGUUCCAGAUCCCAUUAGCAAUUUCCUACUCGAUAUCUUUGGCUAAGCUGCCUAUCACAUGCGGUUUGUACUCCUUGGGAAUCUCGCCCUUGAUCUACUGUAUUUUUGGGUCCGUGCCGCAAAUGAUUGUGGGUCCCGAGGCUCCCAUAUCGUUGAUUGUGGGGCAGGCAGUGGAGCCGCUUUUGCACCAUGCCAAGAAGAAGAAUAUUGACCCUGUCAUCUACAUUUGUGCAAUCACGCUUGUUAGUGGAGCCACAUUGCUCGGAUUCGGAAUCGGCAGGUUUGGUUACCUAGACAAUGUGCUUAAUGAGAGUCUCCUCAAGGGUUUUAUUUGUGGUGUGGGUAUUGUUAUGGUGAUCAACUCCUCCAUCUCAAUGCUUGGCCUUAAUGGCAUCAUGGACGAUGUGAUCAGGGACCUGAACGACAUGGACAUUCACUCACCUUUUGACAAGGUGCGUUUCUUGAUGUACCAUUUCAAGGAGUCUCACGCUUUGACGAUGAAAGUGAGCUUUGUGGCCUUCUUUGUCGUUAUGGCAAUUCGAAUCUUUAAGUCGAGGGCUUCUAAUUCGUCCAACGCCAGGUGGAGACUCGCCAUCUACAUCCCCGAGAUUUUGAUUGUGGUGGUCGUUUCCACUUUAUUGUGCUUCAAGUUCAGGUGGAACCACAUGGGCCUUGAAAUUGUGGGCACCAUCGAGGGUGUGCCAGACAGCUUGCACAUCUACCACCCCUUCUCGGCGCAGAUGUGGCCCCUUAUUCGCCAGCUCAGCUCCUCUGGCUUUACUUGUGCCAUGCUCGGGUUCUUCGAGUCGACAACGGCAUCAAAAUCGUUGGGUUCCCGCUAUGAUUUGCCAAUUUCGUCAAAUCGUGAGCUCGUGGCUCUAGGUGCAAUUAACAUUGCUGGUUCCUUCAUGGGUGCUUUGCCUGCCUUUGGUGGUUAUGGCAGAUCUAAAGUGAAUGCUAUUUCAGCGAAGACCACGGUAUCCGGUGCCAUAAUGGGUGUCAUAUCUUUGGUCACAUUACAUUCUGUGCUUGAGUAUUUGCGCUACAUCCCCAAGAGUACCUUGAGUGUCAUUACGGCUGUAAUCGGUAUCUCGCUUAUCACCGAGGUGCCCAAGGAGCUUUACUUUCACUGGAUCAGUAAGGGCUAUGAUGAACUCAUUACUUUCUUCAUCACCGUUUUGACCACUCUUUUUUUCUCGAUGGAGGCAGGUAUUGCAGUCGGAUUGGUCUACUCCUUGCUUCGGGUGAUUCGCAAUUCAGCUGAAUCCAGAAUUCAAAUUUUGGGACGUGUACCUGGAACGAACACUUUCCUCGACGCUGACCUUCAUCUGGAAUCCUAUGAUGAAGGCAUCGAGGAAUAUAACGCUUCCAAGGGUGACGACACGUCCUUGGGUAUUCCGCAGCUCAACCUUUUCACGGACAAUUUGCGCCCUCUUAACUUGCAAGCUCUUGAGGAGAUUGAAGGUUGUUUGAUCAUUAGAAUUCCGGAGCCUUUGACAUUCACAAAUGCCAGUGACCUUCGUGCCCGUCUUAAACGCGUGGAGAUGUAUGGUUCUGUAAAAGCACACCCUGCUCUGAAAAGAAGCAGAGACCUGUCCAUGACCAAGUACAUGAUUUUCGACCUUGAAGAUAUGAUCUACUUGGACUCAUCUGCGGCUAACAUUCUCAAGACCUGGCUCGUCGCCCAUCAUAAGCAGGGUAUUCGGUCUUUUUUCGUGAGAGUAACCAAGACACCCAAGUUGAGAAAGAGGCUUAAGGACACAGGUAUCAAGGAUAUCCUAGAGCAAGACCUUGACUCUAUGAGGUACAGAGAAGUACAGCAUCACAGCUUGUCUCUGCCACAUCAGAGUCUCGAUAUGAACAUUGACAACUUGUCUUUCAGCGAGUCUGAAGACGAGAUACGGGCCUCCACGGAGAAACCAGGAUCGCCAUACUUCGAUCACAUUCGGUCAGCAUUGAAGCUCAUUGAUUCUUAUGAACAAUUGGAACUUUCAAGCUUCAAUGAAGAGGUUUAG